UCCCGUAAGUCGGGAGGCUGCGGAGUCGCUGCAGUCCCUGCCACCGCCACAUUCAACAGGCAGCAGCGCCGCUGUCGCGCGGCCGCGGGGAGAAGGAGCGAGCGGCCCGCGGCGUCCGCCCGUCUGCUCUUGCGUCCGCGGCCCUGUCAGUAGGAGCGUGGCGCCCGAGCUGCCGGGCCCCGCGGCCUGGUCCGUGUCCCGUCCAAGCCACGAACUCGGAGGAUCCUGGACCCGCGGUGGCCUAGCAGCGAAGUUAAGUUCUGGGCGCGUCCGUCCGCCGCGCCGCGCCUCGCUCCGGCGUGCGUCCGCUGACCGCGGCCCCCAAUCUCGGAGCGACUCUCCGGUCGCCCCGCUCCGCGCCCCCGGUGGCCGCGGCUCCCGGUCCUUUCUGCUGGUGGGGGAGGGGCGGGGGUCACCAUGGCCGAAGCGCCCCAGGUGGUGGAGACCGACCCGGACUUCGAGCCGCUGCCUCGGCAGCGCUCCUGCACCUGGCCGCUGCCCAGGCCGGAGUUUAACCAGUCCAACUCGACCACCUCCAGCCCGGCGCCGUCGGGCGGCGCGGCCACCAACCCCGAUGCCACGGCGACCCUGGCCUCGGCGUCCGCUGUCAGCACCGACUUCAUGAGCAACCUGAGCCUGCUGGAGGAGAGUGAGGACUUCGCGCGGGCGCCCGGCUGCGUGGCUGUGGCGGCCGCGACUGCUGCCAGCAGGGGCCUGUGCGGGGACUUCCAGGGCCCCGAGGCGGGCUGCGUGCUCCCGGCGCCUCCGCAGCAACCCCCGCCGACCGGGCCGCUGGCGCAGCCCCCACCCGUGCCCCCCGCCGCCGCCGGGCCACUCGCGGGACAGCCGCGCAAGAGCAGUUCUUCGCGUCGCAACGCGUGGGGCAACCUGUCGUACGCCGACCUCAUCACCAAGGCCAUCGAGAGCUCGGCCGAGAAGAGGCUCACCCUGUCGCAGAUCUACGAGUGGAUGGUGAAGAGCGUGCCCUACUUCAAGGAUAAGGGCGACAGCAACAGCUCGGCCGGCUGGAAGAAUUCAAUUCGUCAUAACCUGUCCCUUCACAGUAAGUUUAUCCGUGUACAGAAUGAAGGAACUGGAAAAAGUUCUUGGUGGAUGCUCAACCCAGAGGGAGGCAAGAGUGGAAAAUCCCCUCGGAGAAGAGCUGCGUCCAUGGACAACAACAGUAAAUUUGCUAAGAGCCGGGGUCGAGCUGCCAAGAAAAAAGCAUCCCUCCAGUCCGGGCAGGAGGGUCCCGGGGACAGCCCUGGGUCUCAGUUUUCUAAAUGGCCUGCAAGUCCUGGGUCCCACAGCAACGAUGACUUUGAUAACUGGAGUACAUUUCGUCCUCGAACCAGCUCAAAUGCUAGUACGAUCAGUGGGAGGCUUUCUCCCAUCAUGACGGAACAGGAUGACCUAGGAGAUGGGGAUGUGCAUUCUCUCGUAUAUCCGCCUUCUGCUGCAAAGAUGGCUUCCACUCUGCCUAGUCUGUCUGAAAUCAGCAAUCCUGAAAACAUGGAAAACCUUUUGGAUAAUCUCAAUCUUCUGUCAUCCCCAACGCCUUUAACUGUAUCAACCCAGUCUUCGCCUGGCAGCAUGAUGCAGCAGACACCUUGCUAUUCGUUUGCACCACCAAACACCAGUCUGAAUUCACCCAGCCCAAACUACUCAAAGUACACAUAUGGCCAGUCCAGCAUGAGCUCCUUGCCCCAGAUGCCCAUGCAGACUCUUCAGGACAGCAAAUCCAGUUAUGGAGGACUGAACCAGUAUAACUGUGCACCAGGACUCUUAAAAGAGCUGUUGACUUCUGACUCUCCUCCCCACGGUGAUAUCAUGUCACCAGUUGAUCCUGGAGUAGCCCAGCCCAACAUUCGGGUCCUGGGCCAGAAUGUGAUGAUGGGCCCUAAUUCAGUCAUGCCAGCCUAUGGAAGCCAGGCAUCUCAUAACAAAAUGAUGAACCCCAGUUCCCACACCCACCCUGGACAUUCACAGCAAACAUCUUCAGUCAAUGGACGCGCCCUGCCCCACGGGGUGAACCCCAUGCCUCACACGCCCGCCAUGAACCGCUUGACCGCUGUGAAGACACCGUUACAAGUGCCUCUGUCCCACCCCAUGCAGAUGAAUGCCCUGGGUGGGUACUCCUCUGUGAGCAGCUGCAAUGGCUAUGGGAGGAUGGGUGUCCUCCACCAGGAGAAGCUCCCAAGUGACUUGGAUGGAGUGCUCAUCGAGCACUUAGACUGUGACAUGGAGUCCAUCAUUCGGAAUGACCUCAUGGAUGGAGAUACCUUGGAUUUUAACUUUGAUAAUGUGUUGCCCAACCAAAGCUUCCCACACAGUGUCAAGACUACGACACACAGCUGGGUGUCAGGCUAAGAGUUAGCGAGCAGGCUACGUUUAAAAGUACUGCAGAGUGUCUGACAGAUGGAACUGAGAGAAGCAGUCCAAAGAUGCCCUUCACCCUCCUUUUAGUUUUCUUGGUUUUAAAAAAAAAAUCCUUUUUUUCCUUUCAUCAGACUUGGCAGCAGAGCCACUUUCCUGUACAGGAUGUUUGCCCGGCGCUUGCAGGUUAUGUGCUCCUGCAGAUAAGGACUGUGCCGCUGGGAACCAUUGCAAUGACGUGCCAAACUCACUACACCGUGUAAUUGCAGAAAAGACUUAGAUCCUGGCGUGCUUUCAAGUUUUGUAUAUAUGCAGUAGACCAGAAUUGUAUUUGUGUGUGUGUGUGUGUGUAUUUUUAAUAUCUACUUGGUCCAAGGAAAGUUUAUACUCUUUUGUAAUACUGUGAUGGUCUCAUGUCUUGAUAAACUUUGCUUUGUACUACCUGUGUUCUGCAAAAGUGAUGAAUCACGAACUAAGAUCUCCAUUCUGCACUUCUGCUGAAUGACUUAUCUUGCCACAGGAUUCGUUGAGAAACAAGUAGCCUGUGAUCAAUCUGCUGAAUAAGUGGACUUGUGAAACUUUGGGGCAGAAUAAGAUUAAGUGCCAGCUUUGUACAGGUCUUUUCUAUUAUUUUUGUUGUUGUUUAUUUUGUUAUUUGCAAAUUUGUACAAACACCCUAAAAUGGUUCUAAUUUCCAGAUAAAUGACUUUUGAUGUUAUUGUUAGGACUUGAUAAUUUUUGGAAUAGAUAUUGAACUGUAAUGUUUUCUUAAAACUAGAGUCUACUUUGUUACAUUGUCUGCUUGUAAAUUUGUGAAAUCAAAGGUAUUCGGGGGCAGCAUUCAUAAUUUUCACUUUGUAUUUCUAACUGGAUUAGUACUAAUUUUAUACGUGCUUCACUGGUUUGUACACUUUGAGAUGCUACCUGAUGAUGUUUCUGACUAAUCCUAAAUCAUUGUAAUUAGUACUUGCAUACACAAUGUUUCUGGCCCUGUUUGAGCAGGAAAGUGAUGUAUAUUUACAGAUACUUUGUGUUUUGUAUGUAGAAGAAUUUAAUAUGUUUUUAUGUGUGUAUUUUAAAGAACUUUUACCUGCUCCUAUUACCCAGUGAAUUGUGUGCAGCGCAUAGCAGCAAGUCUUGAGGUGGGUGUCCCAUGUCACGUUCUUAGAGCUUCUCCGGGUAGGCCCUUCCAAAUAGAUGCCCUGUGUCACAUUGUCACAGUUCCCGAGGGGAGGCCACAGCAGAUUGAUGCCUUGUUCCUUCAGGGAAGCCUCCUGUCUGUGGGCCAGGAAAGGAGAACUUCGCCUAGAAUGACGUUCCUUUGUCUAGCUGGGGUUUUCCUCAUCAUCUGAGCUCUUGGUUUUUAUCCAGGUUGGGAAGAAUCACGUCACUUCUCAGUCUCCGUCCCUGUUCUCUGGCUCUAAACAGUGUACACCUACGGAGGACGUUUGAAAACAGGACUUCGUGAUUUACGUAGUGCUUUGUAUUCUUUACCACAUGGCAUAGAACUAGUUAAAAAUGGAGACAAUAAACUCGAAAGCCAA